AUGCAAAGACUAGAAAGUAUUUCUUUAGGUAAGCGUAUUGUCCAAAUCAUAUGCGCUAUUACAUGGUGUUUGCUAGCUGCUGGACCAGUGUUUGGGUUCGCUGCCUUGAAGCCAAUAUUAAUUAGUGAGCACAUCUACGAAGAUAAAUGUGAAGUUAAAGCUAAAGAUUCUUCUGUGGCAUGUGUUGAGCAAGACUUAGCUUUGAACUUUCUUUUCACUGUAGCCUGUAUGGUCACUAAUAUAUCAGCUUUACCAGUGGGCUCAAUACUAGAUUCUUAUGGUCCUAAAGUUUCUGGUAUCAUUGGUUCAAUUAUUAUAUUUUUAGGAGCACUAUCGUUAAAGUUUGGAAAAUCAAUAACGCUCUUCGAUGGGUAUUUGACUGGGUAUACUCUUUUGGCACUUGGAGGCCCCUUUGUUUUCAUAUCAUGUUUCCAAUUGGCCAAUAGUUUUCCAAAAAACUCAGGCUUAGUUUUAGCAUUGUUAACUGGCGCCUUUGACUCUUCGCUGGCCCUUUUCCUAGUUUACAGAAUAAUUUACAGUAAUUAUCAUAAAUUAGGGUUGAAUGCUUUCUUCACUUAUUACUUAUUCGUUCCAUUGUUCAUUCUUUUGUGCCAAUUAUUUAUCAUGCCUAGUGAAUCUUACAAGACAGUUGGCACGUUAGCAAAAAUUGCAGAGACAGCCAUCGAUGAAUCAGGAAAGCCUUUAAAUCAAGAUUUGUUGUUACCUGAGGAUAGGGACGAGAAUGAGGUUGUAGCGUAUGCGCAGCCGACAAUAACAGAAACGACUUCUUUGUUAAUGAGGAGAGCGUCUGGUACGAGAAGAGCAUCUGUAGCUCUGAGAAUGUCGUAUGCUUCCAGAGCGUCUAUGAAGUCAGUAUACGAAGAGGAAGCUGAAACGAGACUAUUGAAUACCACUGGAGGAAUCUUUGGAAUUAUGCAGGGUUACUCAAUUGGUGAACAGUUAAAGUCUCCAUGGCUUACGUUGAUGACGUUAUUCACCACAAUACAAAUGUUAAGAAUCAAUUAUUUUGUUGCUACUAUUAGGACUCAAGAGAAAUACUUGUAUGAUGAUGAUGCCGUGGCUACAACAAUUAAUCAUUUCUUUGACUUGGCUCUUCCUUUAGGUGGACUUGCAUCGAUUCCUUUCAUCGGGAUAAUUUUAGAUAAUUUCAGAACUUUAGCUAUUCUCAACAUCUUGACAUGUAUCUCCUUAUUCAUCGGCGUUAUGGGUCUUUUAUCUUGGCUUCCAGGAACUUAUGCCGGAAUAGUUAGUUUAGUGGUCUACAGACCGCUAUACUAUACCGCUGUUUCUGACUAUUGUGCAAAGAUAUUUGGAUUUGACACUUUUGGGACUAUCUAUGGCUCGAUAAUCUGCUUUUCAGGAAUUUGUAAUAUUUUGCAACAAGUUAUGGACAAAGCAACUCAUGAGGUUUUCAACAUGAAUCCAAUUCCGGUAAAUUCUAUACUAACUGCUUUGACUGCAAUAUUCGCUGUCAUGUUGAUGGCAUACGUUAGAGGUCAGGAGAAGAAUAUUAAGAGAAAUAGAUUAGAGAUAGAAGCUCAAGAAGCUACUAUAAGAAAUGUUCCAAUCUAG